GUCUGUCGCGUGUUUAUCGGAAUUGACGCGAGUGAACGGAAUCAAAGGAGAUAUGUCGCCGUUAAGUAUCUUGGUUAAUUGUAUCAUCUUAUCCGUUGCAUUUCAAGGCACUUUUUCUAUGCCGGGAAAUGUUGCUGUUCCAACGCCCUCGAUACAAAACAUAACUGCGCAGCUGGUGUACGUGUGUGAUAUUGGCAUGCGCGGGGCAUAUCGUCGCGAUGAUUACACGCACACGCCUGGAAUCGGUUCGCACAAAUUGCACACCAAAGCAGAGAAGUGGAACCAGGCGCGAAAAAUUUGCAACGACGAAGGCGGGCAUUUGGCCAUUAUCAAUUCCAACGCGGAGCGACGCGCAUUAGUGGAACUGUUUGACCGAUCGGGCUCGGUGGUCGGUGCCGAUCACACUUUCGAAGCCUUGCUGGGUAUACACGAUCUUUACGCGGAGGGCGAUUGGGUGACGGUGUUCGGCGAGCCGAUCGCGAAAACCGGCUUCGUCGAAUGGAGCGAUCGGUGGAAUGGACAGCCGGAUAACUGGGGUCAUAAUCAACAUUGUGGAGCGAUGUUAAAGGAUGGAACUAUGGACGAUGUUCGCUGCGACAAAGCGUUUGCCUUCUUCUGUGAAAUACCUGAGAUAACGCCUUUGUAAUCAUUUAUUUAUUGAAUCCUUUUAACUGAUGUCUCGAUUUUUACCUGGACCGUUUAAUUCGCAAAGUUCAAUUGUAAUUUGAUGAAAAUAUCAAGAAAUUUUGGUGCAUACGAAAAUUUCCUCUUGCAACUCGUGCAGGUCUGUGCAACAGUUGCAUCGAAAACAUUACGAUAUCUUGUUUUACGACGCGUUACGUUGCAGCACGAACAAUUUAACGGCGUACCAAUUCAUCCGUAAGCGAGAAAUUCGCAAAGUUCAAUUGUAAUUUGAAGAAAAUAUCAAGAAAUUUUGGUGCAUACGAUCCCUUCAUCUUUCCUCUUGCAACUCGUGCAGGUCUGUGCAACAGUUGCAUCGAAAACAUUGCGAUAUCUUGUUUUACGACGCGUUACGUUGCAGCACGAACAAUUUAACGGCGUACCAAUUCAUCCGUAAGCGAGAAAUUCGCAAAGUUCAAUUGUAAUUUGAAGAAAAUAUCAAGAAAUUUUGGUGCAUACGAUCCCUUCAUCUUUCCUCUUGCAACUCGUGCAGGUCUGUGCAACAGUUGCAUCGAAAACAUUGCGAUAUCUUGUUUUACGACGCGUUACGUUGCAGCACGAACAAUUUAACGGCGUACCAAUUCAUCCGUAAGCGAGAAGAAUCCAUUGUUUAAUUUUUUCUUUCUCCCCGUGUAUAUAACGCGUAUGCUUGUUACAUCACCGUUAUUGCAUUUUUACUUAUUACUCCGAAGGUUGUAAAGAAAAAUUGACAGAGUGCUUUUUAGAGUAAGUAAAGUAAAGAUACGUAAAGCUCGAUAUUACGUGCCUACUUAAGAGAUAAAAAGUAGUCAAUAAAUUGUUCCUCUAUAAA